CCUUCUCUCUCCUGCAGUCAUAUCAACCUCCCCUCCUCCCUCCCCAUCUCUCCUUCAGCCGGUUGAGAGUGGUUCGAUCACACUGCAGCUGCAGGGUAGCGGAAGAUAGAUAGCAGCAUGAGGAUGAGCUGUAACGGGUGCAGGGUGCUGCGCAAAGGGUGCAGCGAUGACUGCAGCAUCCGGCCAUGCCUUGAGUGGAUCAGGAACCCGGAGUCGCAGGCCAAUGCCACCGUCUUCCUCGCCAAGUUCUACGGCCGCGCCGGCCUCAUGAACCUCAUCAACGCCGGCCCCGAACACCUCCGCCCUGCUAUAUUCCGAUCCCUACUCUACGAGGCGUGCGGGCGGAUCGUGAACCCAAUCUAUGGUUCUGUCGGGCUGCUGUGGUCCGGCAGCUGGCAGCUCUGCCAGGCCGCUAUGGAGUCGGUGCUCAAGGGUUCUCCCAUCGUUCAAAUCCCUUCCGAGGCCGCCGCGGCCACGCCGGUGCCGCCGCUCAAGGCCUACGACAUUCGCCACGUCGCCAAGGACGCCGAGCUCCACAAGGUCAACAACAACCGGACACGGUUCAAGCGGCCCGGCGCCAAGCCGCACCCUUCGCCGACCGCACCGGUCGAGCCCGCCGAGCAGCCAGAGCCCGCUGGGGCCGACCUCAGCCACGAGUCGGCCGCCAGCCACGCGUCCCAGCCCAACGCUGGCGGCAGCGGCGGGGACGGUGACGGCAGGGAGAACGAGAGCGUGUUCUCGGCGGAUGCAGCGUCGCACGUGAGCCAGGGCGAGCUGAGCCCGGCCGAGGAGGGCGAGGUGGGGUUGGAGCUCACCCUCGGGCUGGAGCCCUGGCUGAGGCCCGACCGCGCGAUCCGGCCGGCGGGGGACUCUCGGUGCGACGUCAGCCGCUUGAAUGCGGACACGUGCAAGGUCGACCUUUGCCUGCAGCUGCCUGUGGCGUAAAAAGGGAAGCUUUCAGCACCAGGAUGAGACGGAGACAACGCGAAUGAAAGUUUUGAUGUUCUUGAGACGUCAUUUAAUGAACUAAACGUAAUCAAUCACAAUUAUCU